AUGACACAUACAAUUUCGCAAGCAAGUGGUUCCGCUAAUCGGCCACGUCUUUGUCGAUCCGAUCAUCAACCAAAUAUACUUGAAUAUAUUGAUACAACAUUGAAUGAUUCAUUUUCAUCACGUUUAAAAUUACAAUCAACAACAACGACUACUAAUAAUACAUCGAUACCGAAUGGAUAUGAUCAAUUUGGUAAUACUAUCGUUGAUCAAUAUCUUCUUUAUAUUCUAUGUCAAAAAUUAAAUCCAAAUCGAAUAGACAACAGAACUGAACAUCUCUAUCAUUCAUUACAUCAACUAUUCAUAUCGAAUAGUAAAAUAUCGAAAUCAUUUUUUGAAUAUUCUCCAUCGCUCAUAAAUCGUUCAAAUUAUCAAUCACUAUUUAAUAAUUAUACAAGUUUUAUUUGGAAUGAAUUUGACGUUGAUAUCCUACUUGAGCUUGCGUGUUUCAUAUUAAAAUAUCGUUUACGUGAUAUAUUUACAACAGUGACAAAUAAUAAAACAAAUAUAAAUAGUAUUCGACAGAAGAUUCUUGGGUAUUUUGUUGAAAUUAUUGCAAUCUAUUAUCUCUUUACCAAUCAUCAUGAUUUUUUUAUUAAUUCACGUUCAAAAGAUAUGCUUUUUCCAUAUCCAUCAUCAACUUUAACUUCUCAAGAUUAUCAAAAAGACAAAGAUACAUCUAUAUUUAGUAAAUUUCUUCGUAAACUAUAUGAUAAUGGUGAAAUAUCAUUUGAUAUACGUCAAAUAAAACUUCUUUUACAAUCAGAUGCAUAUCAAUUUUUAAAUAAAAAAUUAGAAAAUAAAAAAAUUGGUUUUAUUAAUUUUUUCGAUACAAUUUUACGUUAUCAACGCGAAACAUCAUGUCGUUCAUUAAAAUCAAUCUGUCGUUUAUAUAUUAAAACACAUAUUAAACAAUUUCCAGAUGAUAUUAAACAUUUAUCAUUAUAUCCAUCGAUGAAUGAUCAACUUUUAGCAUAUCUAACUUAUGAAAAUAAGUAUGCAUUUGAAUCAUAUGUGUGA